AUGACUAUUCAUCUAUUGUAUUUUCAUGCAAAUAGGGGGCAAGAAAACUCUAUGGAAAGAUGGUGGUUUAAUUCGAUGUUGUUUAAGAAGGAGUUCGAACGCAGGUGUGGGCUAAAUAAAUCAAUGGGCAGUCUUGGUCCUAUUGAAAAUACCAGUGAAGAUCCAAAUCGAAAAGUGAAAAACAUUCCUAGUUGCAGUAAUGUUGAUUAUUUAUUCGGCGUUAAAGACAUUCGGAAUUUCAUCUCUGAUGACACUUUUGUAGUUAGUGAUAGGAAUGGAGACAGUUAUUCCAUCUAUUUUGAUAUUGAAAAUCAGAUUUUUGAGAUUGACAACGAUCAUUCUUUUCUGAGUGAACUAGAAAGUUCUUUUUAUAGUUAUCGAAACUCGAGUUAUCUGAAUAAUGGAUUUAGGGGCGAAGAUCCCUACUAUAAUUCUUACAUGUAUGAUACUCAAUAUAGUUGGAAUAAUCACAUUAAUAGUUGCAUUGAUAAUUAUCUUCAGUCUCAAAUCUGUAUAGAUACUUCCAUUAUAAGUGGUAGUGAGAAUUACAGUGACAGUUACAUUUAUAGGGCCGUUUGUGGUGGUGAAAGUAAAAAUAGUAGUGAAAACGAGGGUUCCAGUAUACAAACUCGCACAAAGGGCAGUGAUUUAACUAUAAGAGAAAGUUCUAAUGGCAGUGAUUUAACUAUUGGCAGUGAUUUAACUAUUGGCAGUGAUUUAACUAAUGGCAGUGAUUUAACUAUUGGCAGUGAUUUAACUAUUGGCAGUGAUUUAACUAAUGGCAGUGAUUUAACUAUAAGAGAAAGUUCUAAUGAUCUCGAGGUAACUCAAAAAUACAGGCAUUUGUGGGUUCAAUGCGAGAAUUGUUAUGGAUUAAAUUAUAAGAAAUUUUUUAAAUCAAAAAUGAAUAUUUGUGAACAAUGUGGAUAUCAUUUGAAAAUGAGUAGUUCGGAUAGAAUUGAACUUUUGGUCGAUCCGGGUACUUGGGAUCCUAUGGAUGAAGACAUGGUCUCUCUGGAUCCCAUUGAAUUUCAUUCGGAAGAGGAGCCUUAUAAAGAUCGUAUUGAUUCUUAUCAAAGAAAGACAGGAUUAACCGAGGCUGUUCAAACAGGCAUAGGCCAAAUAAACGGCAUUCCCGUAGCAAUUGGGGUUAUGGAUUUUCAGUUUAUGGGGGGUAGUAUGGGAUCCGUAGUCGGAGAGAAAAUCACCCGUUUGAUUGAACACGCUGCCAAUCAAAUUUUACCUCUUAUUAUAGUGUGUGCUUCUGGGGGGGCGCGCAUGCAGGAAGGAAGUUUGAGCUUGAUGCAAAUGGCUAAAAUAUCGUCUGCUUUAUAUGAUUAUCAAUUAAAUAAAAAAUUAUUUUAUGUAUCAAUCCUUACAUCUCCGACAACUGGUGGAGUGACAGCUAGUUUUGGUAUGUUGGGGGAUAUCAUUAUUGCCGAACCCAAUGCCUACAUUGCAUUUGCAGGUAAAAGAGUAAUUGAACAAACAUUGAAUAAAACAGUACCCGAAGGUUCACAAGUAGCUGAAUACUUAUUCCAGAAGGGUUUAUUCGACCUAAUUGUACCACGUAAUCUUUUAAAAAGCGUUCUGAGUGAGUUAUUUAAGCUCCACGCCUUUUUUCCUUUGAAUCAAAAGUCAAGCAAAAUCAAGUAG